AGGGAAGUUCAGAACGAGCCAGUAAUGGCGGCUCUGCAAAGGCGGCGGCACUACAGCGUGUUGGUCCUGCUCUUCAUGCUCCUGGGGAUGCUGUGGGAGGCCGGGGACGGGCAGAUCCAUUACUCCAUUCCUGAGGAGCUGGACAAAGUCUCUUUCGUGGGCAACAUUGCUAAGGAUCUCGGGCUGGAGCCCCGGGAGCUGGCGGAGCGCGGAGUCCGCAUCGUCCCCAGAGGUAGGACGCAGCUUUUCGCUCUGAACCCGCGAAGCGGCAGUUUGGUCACCGCGGGCAGGAUAGACCGGGAGGAGCUCUGCGCUCAGAGCGAACCGUGUUUGGUGAGUUUUAACAUCCUUGUUGAGGAUAAAUUGAAUCUUUAUCCCGUGGAAGUGGAAAUAGUGGACAUUAACGACAAUGCACCCCGAUUCUUAAGGGAACAAUUGGAAGUGAAAAUUAUCGAAAACGCAGCCUUAUCCUCUCGGUUUCCGCUAAUGGAGGUCUAUGACCCGGAUGUGGGAUUGAACUCUCUCCAGGGCUUCAAGCUCAGCGGGAAUAGUCACUUCUCAGUGGACGUGCCAAGCGAAGCCAAUGGGCCCAAAUACCCGGAGCUUGUGCUGGAGCGCGCCCUGGACCGGGAGAGAGAGGCCAUUCACCGCCUGGUCCUUACUGCCAUGGAUGGCGGUGACCCUGUCCGCUCAGGUGUGGCUCGAAUUCUGGUUACUGUCCUAGAUGCAAAUGACAACGCUCCAGUGUUUACUCAGUCUGUGUACCGUGUGAGUGUUCCUGAAAAUCUUCCAGUAGGUACGCCAGUGUUGUCGGUAAAUGCCAGGGACCAGGAUGAAGGAGCCCACGCGGAAGUAACAUAUUCUUUCGUGAGGAUAACAGAAAAGAUCUCAAAGACUUUCUGCUUGAAUGUUUUGACUGGAGAAAUAUCAACUUCUGCAAAUCUAGACUAUGAAGACGCCAGCUUUUAUGAGCUGGAUGUUGAAGCCCGGGAUCAGCCAGGUCUACAAGACAGAGCCAAAGUCUUAAUAUCUAUCUUGGAUGUGAAUGACAAUGUACCAGAAGUGGUAGUUACAUCUGGAAGCAGGUCAGUUGCUGAAAGUACACUGCCAGGCACAGUGAUUGUUCUUUUUCAAGUAUAUGAUCGAGACUCUGGACGGAAUGGCCUGGUAAUAUGUUCUAUCUCAAGAAGUCUGCCGUUUGAACUGGAAAAAUCAGUAGACAAUUAUUAUCGAUUAGUGACCAAUACAGUUCUAGAUCGAGAACAGGUGUCUUUGUACAACAUCACUGUGACAGCCACAGACAAAGGAAUGCCAUCUCUGUCUACAGAAAUGCUCAUCUCCCUAAAUGUGGCAGACAUCAAUGACAACCCUCCUGCCUUUCCCCACACCUCCUACUCCGUCUACAUUCCUGAGAACAACCCCAGAGGUGCCUCCAUCUUCUCAGUGACUGCACACGACCCUGACAGCCAUGAGAAUGCCCAGGUCACCUACUCCCUAGCUGAAGACACCAUCCAGGGGGGACCUCUAUCCUCCUAUAUCUCCAUCAACUCUGACACUGGCGUACUAUAUGCAUUGCACUCUUUCGACUGUGAACAGUUCCGUGACCUGCAACUGAGAGUGAUUGCAAGUGACAGUGGGGACCCACCGCUCAGCAGCAACGUGUCUCUGACCAUAUUCGUGCUGGACCAGAAUGACAACACACCUGAGAUUCUGUACCCUGCCUUCCCCACUGACGGUUCUACUGGUGUGGAGCUGGCACCCCGCUCCGCAGAGCCUGGAUACCUGGUGACCAAGGUGGUGGCUGUGGACAGAGACUCAGGCCAGAACGCCUGGCUGUCCUACCGCCUGCUCAAGGCCAGCGAGCCAGGGCUCUUCGCGGUGGGGCUGCACACGGGGGAGGUGCGCACAGCGCGGGCCCUGCUGGACAGAGACGCGCUCAAGCAGACCCUGGUGGUGGCGGUCCAGGACCAUGGCCAGCCCCCUCUCUCCGCCACAGUCACUCUCACAGUGGCUGUGGCUGACAACCUCCCAGACGUGCUGGCCGACUUGGGCAGCCUGGAGGUCCCACACGACUCUGACGCUUCAGGCCUGACAUUGUACCUGGUGGUGGCGGUGGCUGCGGUCUCCUGCGUCUUUCUUGCCUUUGUCAUUGUGCUGCUGGCGCUCAGACUGAGGCGCUGGCAGAGAUCGCACGUGCUGCAAACUUCGGGAGGUGUACCAGCUGGCUUACCCGCCUCUCACUCUGUGGGCGUGGACGGAGUGCGGGCUUUCCUGCAGACCUAUUCCCACGAGGUCUCGCUCACCGCGGACUCGCGGAGUCACGCGAUCUUUCCGCAGCCCAACUACGCGGACACGCUCAUCAGCCAGGAGAGCUGUGAAAAAAGCGAGCCUCUUUUGAUUCAGGAAGAUUUUUAUAAAGAGCAAGACUCCCUUGUUCGGGUGAGGUUAUUACUUUUAUUGUACUUAUUCGAACAGGAAAAAUUAAAAUUCUCUUUGAUCAGUGCUUAG